AUGUACGAUAGCAAGUUUAACAUUGGAAGAAAGACACCUGCAAUGAUCUUUUCCGAGACGCACGAGGACUUAAUGAAAGAAGGGGAAAAAUGGUUAAAAGACACUACUAAUUCAUGUACAAUUGUAGCAGCUCUAAUUGUCACCAUAGUAUUUGCAGCUGUCAUUACGGUACCAGGUGGAAGCGAUGGCAAGAGCGACCUCCCAAUUCUUUCCAGAGAUAAAGCCUUUAUAAUCUUUAUGAUAUCAGAUGCGUUAGCUCUUUUUUCGUCUGCUUCAUCUCUAUUGAUGUUUUUGUCCAUUCUUACGUCGCGUUACGCAAAGAUUGAUUUUCUCUACACUUUGCCUAAAAGAUUAAUUUGUGGUCUCAUAACUUUGUUCGUCGCCAUGGUGUCUAUGAUGGUAGCCUUUGGAGCCACACUCCACCUAAUUUUUGGACAAAAGACAACAUGA